AUAUAUUUGUGUGGCUCUGCUGUCUUAUCAGCGAGAGCAGCGCUGUGUUUUGUAGUUGAUUCUCGUGCGGACAGUUUAUCAAUGGAAGUGCGCGCGUCAAUGUGAGCCAGCUGAUUCCAAGGAUCUCCUCAUAAAAGCUCGAGACACUUUAGUUAGUUGCUUCCGAGCAGUCGAGCGAACAAGUUGAGAGAAUAUUUUCUGUGAUCAGAGUGCGCAAGCGAAGCAGUUGGAGAAGAUUCCAAAGUGAUCGCGCGAAACUCCUGAGAUUAUCACACAACUAUUCCUGGGCGAUUGAGAAGGACGCGGACAAGAAUUCACAACAAUGACCAACACCACGAACGGCAAAGUGAUCAAUGGGAAUGGCACCAGCGAGAGAUCUCGCAGCCCAAACAGCCAGAAGCCAGAGGAGCUAUAUCCCUAUGAGAUGAUCAAGGAGAUCGCUGAUCAUCUGCUGGAGAAGACAAAGUACCGCCCAAAGAUCGGGAUCAUCUGUGGCAGCGGUCUCGGGACUCUGGCGGAGAGUCUCACUGACGUGGACGUGUUUGACUACGAGAACAUCCCCUACUUUCCGUCCACCACAGUCGAGGGCCACGCUGGCAGAAUGGUCUUUGGCCAGCUGAAUCGCGUCCCCGUGAUGUGCAUGCAGGGCCGAUUCCACUAUUACGAGGGACACUCGCUGGAGAAGUGCUCCAUGCCCAUCAGGGUCAUGAAGUUAUCAGGCGUGACCCAUCUGAUCAUCACGAACGCUGCUGGUGGGCUGAAUUCAGCCUACAACGUCGGCGAUAUCGUGGUGAUCAAGGACCAUCUCAAUCUCAUGGGCAUGGCGGGACUCAAUCCCCUCCUGGGCCCCAAUGAUCCGCGUUUCGGACCUCGCUUCCCCGCCAUGAACAACGCCUACACGCCAGAGUUGCGCGCCAUGGCGAAGAGGAUCGGCACUGAGAUGGGAAUCGCCAAUGAGAUGCAUGAGGGUGUCUACACAUGUCUGGCCGGGCCCAACUACGAGACUCCAGCUGAGCUGCGCGCGCUCAAGAUUCUGGGCGUCGAUGCAGUUGGGAUGUCAACAGUGCAUGAAGUCGUCAUGGCCAAGCAUUGCAACCUGACGGUCUUCGCCAUCAGCUUGAUCACCAAUAAGUGUGUCUUUGAUUAUGAUGGGCAGCAGGAGGAGGCCUGCCAUGAGGAGGUCGUGGAGGUGGGAAAGAUCCGGCAGCGUGUCUUGUGCGAUCUCGUGCAGAGGAUGGCGACGGAAAUUGCAAAGUGAAACAAAUUCUUAAUGUUAAAUUCGCAAGAGAGACAAUAAAUUAAAUGUGCUUGGAAA